AUGGCUUCUCUCAAGUCUUUUAACUUUCACUUGGUAUUUCUUACGCUCUUCUUGUUGGCCUUUGUCCAAGCAAACUAUGCUGAAGAAGAAGAGUCGUUUACGCAAGAGUUUAUAAGAGAGAAUAAAGAACUCAUCACCAAAUUUACCCUCGAAAAUUCAUAUUUAAAUGAAAUAUCAAACGGCACCAUCCAAGAUUCUGCGUUCAAACACGAUCUUAUCGGAUAUCUUCGCUGGUUUACCCUUUGGGCAAAGUCCUUUGGAUACGUCUUGGCUAAAGUUCCUGUUCCACCUCCAGAAGAUUGGAAUUUUGGCGAUGUACCACCAGAAUUUUUAUUGAAUAUUCUAGUCGGCGCUAUGAACGAUGUUCAGGGUUAUAUCUCUGUCUUUAAAGGCAUCGCAGCAAAUCAUGGAAUUGACAUUUAUAGCGAACCAACUUCAGAGUUAAUCAAGGCCGAUACAGACGAAUUGACUAGAGUAGGCAAGAGUCUCCCUAUUGAAACGUGGAUAGCCCGAAAUUGGGUCGGAGUUCGAUUUACCUACGAAGGAUUUUUGAUUGUUCAAGAAAAUAUUAAAAAGGGCAAAUACAAUUACGCUUUCCAGGACUAUAUUGAUGUAUUUACCUCCCCUCGUUUUAAUGCCACGGUCACAGAAAUCGAAUUCUUAACAAACACCAUUUACAAGUCCAAGAAAUCAAAUAGAAAUUUAGCAACCACUGUUCUUAGAAAACGCUUGGAGAGUCUUUAUGAGAUCAUGGCGGAAAAUGUGAAAUAA